GAUGUCCUGUGUGUGUUCGGUGGAAUGGUGGAUUUCGGGGCAAACAAAGAGAACACCCCCCUCUGGAAGUACAGUGUUGACAGCAGGAAGUGGGAUGAUUUCCAGCCUCCGAGCACUCAGGAGAGCCGGCCGUCCAAUAGGAAGGGGCAUAGUGCCGCGGUGUACGGGUCCGCCAUGUUCGUCUACGGGGGAUAUUUCGAUAUCGAGGGCACGGUGGAGGAAUUCUGGAAGUUUGAUUUUGACACCCAGAAAUGGUCAGCGCUCAGUCCCCGCACACGGGGCCUCGGUCCAGGACCUCGCCAUGGCCACUCCAGUGCCACACACAACUCCGCAAUGUACUUGUUUGGGGGUCUGAAGAACAUGGCCGAGCAGAACGACUUUUGGAGAUUCGACUUCCGCCGACACAACUGGUCCAACAUCAAAACCAGCUCCGGCCCCCCUAAACUGGUGGGCCAUGCAUCGGCCAUCCACCAGGGCUCCCUGUGGGUCAUCGGUGGGGGACUACCAUUUUGCAGCCCCACCAGCAACCUGUGGAAAUACGACUUCACCUCCCGCUCCUGGAAGAGAAUAUCCCGUGGAAAGGAACACAAUGGCUGCGCCAAGAUGUACCACUGCGUCAUCCCGCUGGGGUGGCGUUCCCGGCCAGGGACAGGGAGCUCCGACUGUGGGCUGGACGAGACCCUCCUGGAGAGCGAGCAGCCCAACAAACUUCAUUCAUUUCCUUCUUGGGGAGCCAACAAAGUGGCCACCAUUCCUACCUCAGAUCUCAUAGAGAUGAAGACUCUGAAGGAGGGCCCGGCCGGCCCUCUAUUCUGCUCCUGUUCGUCUUCCGCUGAGCACACGGAGGAGCAUCUCCUCACCACCUAUGAGAACGAAUGUUUCUCCUACUCUGGGGAGGAGACGGAAGCAGAUUAUUGCCAAGUGGACUCGGGUGACCGGACUGUGACAGGAAAGGAGAAUGUUUUCUUGGUCAUAGGUGGGAAACCUCUCUCUAGACACUGCGAUAUCUCUGUAUCCCGUAUCCAUCUGGAAUAG